AUGGUUGGCACCAGUUCCAUUGGGGACGAGAAGUCCAUUAGGAAACGGUUUACAGCCUCUAUCAAGCGAGUCAUGAGUCUCAACAAGUCCGGGAGACCACCAGUUGCCGCAAAGGAGACACCUCCUAUCAGCCCAACCGUUGCCCCCAGCAGCGCUGCUGCUACCACUCCUGCUGCUGCUGCUGCUGCUCCUGCUGCUACUACUCCUGCUGCUACUACUACUACGGCUACACCUCCAGCAGCACCUGCAAUUCGGGGUACUGCUCCCACCACAGUCCAGCCGAAGCCGAAGCCGAAGUCUAGACAGGCACCGAAGAGCUCUCAACCAGCACCCCGUCAAUUGACCACUAAGGAGCGUGCUCAGGAAUUGUUCAAGAAACACGGGUUAGAGAUCAAUGUUGAUUGGCCUUUGUCUAAUGCGCCCCCCGGAGAGCGCGUCCAGAAGGACAUUCGUAUGAGAGUUCACCGUAGCUGUCAUAAGUGCGGUACUACUUACACUGGUGCUGAUAAGGUCUGCUGUUCAUGCGGCCAUAAGAGAUGCACCAAAUGCCCGCGGAACCCUGUCAAGAAACCCAAGGAUAAGGGCAAGGGCAAGGAAAAGAUUGGUGACAAAAUCACUCGCAAGAAGAAGAAGGAUUACAUUUCAGGCCUCACGCUUCCAAGCCGUACUGGUGGACAAGAUCUCGUCCGCAAAGCACCACGGCAAAGAAUCCAUCGCACCUGUCACAGGUGCCAGACUGAUUUCGCUGGGGAGAAAGUUUGCAAAAAAUGCAACCACAACCGUUGCAAGAAGUGUCCUCGUGAACCAUUCAAGAAGAACAAGCCACCUGGAUACUACGACGGGUGUGACCCUAGUGAUAGCGAACGGGACGAGCCACUUCCAGGUCGCCCGAAACUCGUUUACAAGAAGCCCCGCCGCCGUGUGCACUGGACCUGUACCAAGUGCAAUUCGACCUUCAGUACUGGAGCUAAGAUCUGCGAAGGUUGUGGUAGUCAAAAGAAAGACACAGGCGUCCGCGAUCCUCCCAAGAAGUCUAAAUAUAAACCUUCUGCUGAGGACCUUGAGCGGCUUGAACAACGCCUCAAGCAGGCAACUCUUUCCGACUGA